AUGGCCUCUUCCAUCGAAGCCGGAGGAUCGUGCACAAACGUUCGAAGCAGUCAAAAUCUUCGCGAUGAGGUAAAACAAAAAAAGAGGAAAACCAUUACACAUGGCUCCUCAAGUGAACAAUGCUCGCAGUCGGUUCCAGUGGUGCGUUCCGUGCCAAAAAUAAUGGCACUAUUAGGUCCUCCGAAGGAAAAUACUCCCCCACGUUGUGAUCCGGUAGAACUACCUCCGCCAAUGAUUGAGUCAUCCUUGUUCUUGACUGUGUCAGACUAUGAGGACCAGAAGUAUUUCAAUUGCAUGAUGAGUGAGUAG